GCCUCCAUUGUAACCUGUAUCGGUUAUCCUAUUUGUUACUGGCACAUCUUCAAAUGGUUCACGCCAAUCGUGUUAAUUGCUUCCUGUGUGUGGCUCUUCACUGUGUUGCAGAUAUUGACUGCUUUUGUUUAACAUGGUUUAUUUUGUAUCUCCUCCUGGUUUUGUUACUUUUGUAUUUUUUGUCCCUUUGAAUGAGUUUGGCACAAAAGACGGCGAUCAUUACGGGAGCCACCCGUGGCAUUGGGUUUGCCAUUGCCGAUGCUUUUGCCAAGCAAGGCGCACAGACCAUUUUAAUCGGUCGUAAUCCGGAACACGUUCGAAAAGCAGAACAGCAUUUCAUUGAGCAUUAUGGCAACCAUCACCGAGGCGUCGUUCUGGAUGUGGGCAACAUGACACAAGUGGAUAGCGUGCUAAAGACCCUUACAAAAGAUGAAUCCAUCUCUUGUCUGGUCAACGCCGCAGGUAUUUCGCGUGAUGGAUUACUGUUACAGAUGAGAUUGGAGGAUCUUCAUGAUACGAUCAAUACCAAUCUUUUGGGAACUAUGCGUAUCACCCAGCAUGUCGCCAAAUCCAUGCUUCGUAAACGAAAAGGUGGCUGUAUCAUCAAUAUUGCCAGUGUCAUUGGUAUUCACGGCAACGUAGGACAGACAGUCUACAGUGCAUCCAAAGCGGGCCUCAUUGGUUUCACAAAGUCAUUAGCGAAAGAACUAGGCCCUUCUCAAAUUCGAGUGAAUGCCAUUGCUCCCGGUUUUAUUGAAACAGAUAUGACCGCGCAUCUGCUAAACUCUGACAAGCACGACACGCUUUUGCAAUCCAUCCCUUUACGGAGGUUUGGUCAAGUUGACGACGUGGCAGAGGCGGCUCUGUUUGUGGCGAAAUCUCAGUAUCUUCACGGUCACGUACUGAAUAUAGACGGUGGUUUGAUUGUUUAAUCAAUGUUUAUCAUAAUUUUCAUUGGUAUAGUCGCUUGAGGAAAAGACGAUGCAUGUGGUGUUUGUGUGUGUAUGUGUGCGUGUGUGUUUUGAGUAUUUUGAGGUCUGCGUCAUUCUGGACGAAAAGAGAAAGCAUGUAUCCGCCGUAAUUUUCAGUGUGAAACGAGAAAAGAAGUGUGUGUGCGCGUAGUGGGUUGUGUCGAUUUUUGAGUCGAGCAUAAAGAAUAUACGAAAAGGCCUUAUUUUUCCACAAAUUGGUGCAGACA